GUAAAACCUCGUUGCUUUCCUCCCGGUCAUCUGAUUUGGUCUGAGGUUGGGCGUAUUAGUCAACGGGUGGGAGUACAAUGGCGUCCGCGAAGAACACAUCCACAAGCGUUGGGCCAUCUGCACCCGGGGAGGGACGACCUCUUCAACAAUCUACUCCUCCGUAUUUCCAUACAAGGGAUGCACAAUGGUUUUUGGACUUCGUUGUUCAGGGGAACCUUGUUGGGCUAGCUGUUUUCAUGCGACCCACUUGCGUUCUAGACGCUGAGGGAUCGGACAACGUUCUUCCUCUCGGUACCAUCGUCUCGUUCUUUAAGAUUUCUGGAGGCUUGUUCAAGCUGCACACUAACGUAUUGUACGACCAGUGCAGACUGCCUUACAGAGGUGUUAAGGGUGUGAUAGUGCCCAUCAAGAGUUUCGCGGGGUACGGCUCAAACAUGCCUCUGUGCCCUCACUUCAAAGGGCUUUACGAUGGUUACAGCAAGCGUCUUCCACCGCCAGUGGAAUAUCUCGAUCUCGCGCUGAUGGUGCCGAAAGAACGUCCAGUUCUUCCGCGAGAAUACGUUUUCCGGCUUCUGCCAGCCCAUGAGGGGUCGUCCGGCUUGGGUCAAGAAACCCCUGAGACGCCAGUGAGACACGGGAGUGCGAUUCACGAUGCUGGGGGUCAGGGCAAGGGGCACGCGCGCAGCAUUCAGACGCAGGUCGACCCGGAUGCUCCUGGGAACAUGUCAGACUUGCAUUCUCCAGAUGCAGGGACUCUCCGGGUCGGUACUCCGAAAAUCCUCAAGGUCUUCUGCCAGGGCGACACGUAUUCGCUUCGAGAUGAGACGAGAAGAGAAUCCGGCAGAUCGGGGCAAGAGGUUGGAGGGAAUGAGGCUGAAGGGAUGGACGCAGUCCGCGACAGCUCUUGCCGGGAGCCAACUUCUUCGGAAAAGAAGCGCGAGCGACAGAGGAUGGUGCGAGAAGAGGUGGCGGAAGAAACCCGCCACAUGAAGAGGAUGAAAGGGCACUCGGAGCAGAUGAUUGGCGGGGAUGAAGGUGCCGUCGGAGAACGUGCCUCGGGAAAGAUGACGCCUGCGUAGCGGACAAGAACAAGGAGUCG